CGACAAUACAGUAACGUUAAUGGAACCGUUCCUGCUUGCGUGUCAAUCCCGCGCACAAGUCGACGAUGUGUUUGAACGCGCGUUCGAUGCGCUGCUACACGCCAGGAACAUCGGUGAUCCCCCGAAGGAUAAAGCCCAAGAGGAGCUGCGUGAAGUUGUGGUGGCGGCGUUGACACCGGACGCGUCGUCUACCUUUCAUGACACUUUGCGUACUGUCGUGAGCAAUACCCAAUUGCAUCAGCUGGUGCUUGAAAUCGUCAAUCCCGACCGCCGUCAACUGUGGAGACACAUAUCCACGAGCACAGACUGCUUCCCCUCGCUGCCGCAUCUCCUCGACCUCAACUGGUAUGUCGACGUCCCCGUUGCAUCGGACGCCGCGAUCAAGCACCGCGACCCUUGUGCAUGCGUGGAGAUUUCAAUCCAAGCCACCUCCUCCCUCACCACAACCUUCCCCCCAUUGCAACACAUAACGUUCCAGGCAGAUCGAGGUACAGUGGACACGGUAGUCACCGAGCUCCACAAGGUGCGCGAUCUCCUACACCGACUGCAAACAACCCCCACGACUCGUGCAUGCGUGCGCUGACGACAUCAAUGUCCUGCGAGGAAGGCAUACUCGUUGCUAUUCCGCGAUAAAUCCCCUUCGGGUAACGUUACCCAGACCAAAACACGUGUUUAUUCGCUACACGAACGUUUUGUAACGUUAUGCCACCAUUCAUAACCAAGUUUGCUAUGGAUCGAAUGCUUUAAUCAUCG